GCGCUGUGACAUGGACUGUGUUUAUUGUAACUUCGAAUCCUCUAUGGUUUCUCUGGUCCAUGUGGAAGGCAGGAUUUGUGAAUGUGUACUGAGCAAGAAUGGAUGCUUCUACUGCAUGCUUCUCAUCAGAAUCUGAUUUCUGCUCAGACUGUGGCUCAGUGUUGCCACCCCCUGGUGACCAGGACACAGUAACUUGUCGUCGUUGCUCACACCGUACACAAGUAACAGAAUUCCUUGGGAAAUGUGUUCAGACAUCUGUUAUAAUUAACAAGCUUGACACCAUUGCAUUAUCGAACGAGUCUGAUGACACUGGAGCGUUAAAUGGACCCCUGAUUGACAGGCGAUGCUCACGCUGUGGAUUUGAUAAGAUGGUUUAUCACACAAGACAGAUGCGAUCUGCUGAUGAAGGACAGACUGUAUUCUAUACAUGCACCCAGUGCCGGUUCCAGGAGAAGGAGGAUUCUUGAUGUUAUAAUCUGGGCUUUAGAUCUUGUCCUGCUAUCACAUUCCCCAUCAAACCUGCUCUGGACACUUUGUCAAUAAAGUUUAUUUUGUUAACAUUUCUAGCUUAUUUUCCUAACGUAUGUGAUUUCUAAAGUACCGUAGAGAUGCUGUAUCUCUACAGCCAACAUUAAUUUUAUGUAUUUAUUCAACUCUUAAGUCUGGCAGGGAAUGAUCAUAGGUGGUACCUCUAACGCUGAUUUUGCAGAGAUUCAUAGACUGGUGCUGGAUUUUAUUUUGCCCAUUUUUUUUUUUUUUUAUGGUUGAAAAAAGAAUCUUCAAAAAUAGGUUUAAUAUGAAAACUUUUAAAAUUUAUAGUUUUUCUUUUUUAAUUACAGCUGAUUUUUCUUCUGUUUGAUAUGUUACAUUGUUUUGUGUAAUGAUCUACAUUUCACCACUUCAGUAAAAAUAGAGCCUCUCAAAAAACGCAUCUUAGAAGAGUGAUUUUCUGUCCGGAGGUUUAUCUCUCAAGUUCUUAAAAUACUUUGUGUAAAUGUUGAUGAUACUGCAAGUAAAUGGUUAAAAUAUUUAGAUCAUUGUGUCAAGAAAGUCAUAUGUAAUGUUAUAUAUUAAGUCACCCCUCCAUAGUGCUGGUAUUCUUUCCACUGCCUUUUGCUAUUCAGUAUGUCUUAUAACUUUAUGAAUCUAUAGUAUAAUAUACCUAUAGGGAUUGCUUUUAUGUAAAAAAAAAAGAACCCAAACAAACCCAUUUCAGUUCUGAUUUCACGUUCUAGCUGAAAGAUUUAUAUAGGGGGGUUUUGCACAGUUUGUUAAAAGAAAUCGGGAAUCCCAAAUGUUUAGGUAGUCUUCAUGAUAUAUUAUUAUUAACAGAACUAAAUAUAUGGGACUUGACAUAUAUGCCUGUAUCCGAGAUAUUGCGUAUUUAAUGUGUUUUUUGCAUAACGGAGUAUGACGUAUGUCUUUCUAAUGAUAUCUUAUAAAUACCAUUGGCAUAAUA